AUGUCAAAGAAAUUUAGCAAUAAAAUAACAAAGAAUUUCUUAAAUUCUUUUGUCAAAAAUGUUAUAGAUAAACCUGAAGGUUUUGUUGCACCAGAUGAAACUAUAUCCGCUAAAGCUUUAAAAGCCACGAAAGAAUUAUAUGAUUUAGAACGAAAUAAUCCAAUAUUACAACAAAAUAUUGAAAUGAUAAUAAAAAACAAUCCAUUUUUUAAAUUAAUUAUUGAUAAUUGUAAUAGUGAACAAAUUUGGGCAGAAAUAAAUUUACAAAAUAAACCUUUUUUAAAUUAUAUUAAUUCACAAUUAAGUAAUUUAGAAAAUUUUAUUGAGCGUGAAGAUGAUGGAGAAGAGAAGGAGGACAAUAGUGAUGAAAAUGAAGGAAAUGAUAUCAUGGAACAGGAUAGUGAUGAUGACGUGGAAGAAUUAUCACAAAUGGAUAUUAAUGAAAAAUAUGAUUUAGUGGAAGAGGAAGCUGAAGAAAGUGAUGAUUAUGAAUUGAGAGAAAAUUCUGGUGAAGCAAACGAAGAUGAGAAAGAAGUAGUUGAAUCCCGUCAUGAAUUAGAUGAUGAAUUUUUUAAUUUACUAGAAUUCAAUAAAAUAACUGAAAAUAAUGAAAAUUUUGAAGAUUCUGAUGAAAUUGAUUAUUUUGCAGAUGUAAAAUAUAGUGACUUCUUCGAUCCACCCAAGAAAAAAAAAAAUCAAAAGAGAUCAUCAUUAGAUGGUUUAAAUAAACAAUUGAUAGGUAAAACAAAAAAUGAUGAUAGUGAUUCAUUUGAAGAUUCAGAUGAUUUUCUUAGUAACAAAGUUCGAGAUUUAUUUACUCAAGACGAAAGUGAUAAUGAUGAACCAAAAUCAGCUUUUCAAAUUCAUCAAGAAAGAGUUAAUAAACAAAUUAAGCAGCUUGAAAUGGAAAAUGUAGCUGAAAAAGAUUGGACUCUUAUUGGAGAGGCAUCAAGUAAAGAUAGACCUAUAAAUAGUUUGUUGGAGGAAGAUUUAGAGUUUGAUCAUAUUAUAAAGCCUGUGCCUAUGAUAACUGAGGAGAGUACAAAAAAGCUUGAAGAUAUAAUUAAACAAAGGAUUUUGGAUGAAACAUUUGAUGAUGUUGAACGUAAACGGGAUCCUAAUUUUAGACCAUUUUUACCUUCAAAAUUAGUUGAAAUAUCAGACGAAAAAUCAAAGAAAUCUUUAGCUGAAAUAUAUGAAGAAGAUUAUAUUAAGCAAACUACAAAAAGUGCGACAAACGAAAAAGAUGAAAUACUAAAAAAAGAACAUAAAGAAAUUGAAAAUAUGUUUAAGGAUUUAUGUCAUAAAUUAGAUGCUUUAAGUAAUUUUCAUUUUACUCCAAAACCACCCAAACCAGAAAUUUCUAUUAUUGCUAAUGUACCUGCAAUCUCAAUGGAAGAAAUUAUACCUGUUAAUGUUAGUGAUGCUAAAUUAUUGGCACCUGAAGAAAUAUAUGAUAAAAAGAAAGGAGAAAUUAGGGGUAAAACUGAAAUAAAUUCAACUGAAAAGAAUCGAAUUCGCGCAGCAAAAAAGCGUGCUAAGAAAAAAGAGAAAGCCUUAAAAGAACGUGAAAAGAAAGUUAUUGAAAGAAUGAAUCCUGGAUUAGGUAAUAAACAUUCAAAACAAAAUAUCUUAGAUUCUUUAAUUGGACAGAAGAAUAUUACUAUUAUUGAUAAAGAUGGAAUUAAAAAAUCAGCAGUAAAAAAUAAAAACCAAGAAGAUAAUUAUAAUUCUACAUUUUUAAAAUUAUAA